AGAAAGUAUAUAUAGUUUGUUUUUUAUUUAGUUUUUUACUGCAAAAGAUUUAUUCAUUUAAAAUAGUUUGACGUAGACUUUCCAUCCGAAAGUUUUAAAUGUCUUAUAUGUUGGUGUGGCAUUUGGCAACCGUUUCAACCACAAUUGUGGAAUUCUUGGUUUUUCGAAGUCAGCAAAUAACCACCUUGUUAGAAAAGAAGUUAAACUAAAAAGAAUAUAGAUAAAUUGAAGAAGGAGAAGAAUGGUGGAAAAAGCAGAAGUGAUAAUAGUAGGUGCUGGAACUUCAGGUUUAGCUGCUGCAGCAUGCUUAACACAAAAAUCAGUACCAUUCACUCUUCUCGAAAGAGAAGAUUGUUUUGCUUCCUUAUGGCAAAAAUACACCUAUGACCGUCUUCACCUUCACCUUGGAAAAAAAGUGUGUGAGCUUCCCUUUCUUCCAUUCCCUGAUUCCUACCCUCGCUAUGUUCCUAAGAAGCUCUUCAUUGAGUAUUUAGACUCAUAUGUGAAGCACUUCAACAUCAACCCUUUGUACCACAGAUCUGUGGAGCUUGCGGAGUUUGAUGAGGUGGAUCGGAAGUGGAAGGUGAAGGCUAAGAAUAGAAGCUCCGGUGAGGUUGAAGAGUAUUCUGGAAGGUUCUUGGUGGUGGCUACUGGGGAGACUGCCGAGCCACGUGUCCCUCGGGUUGAAGGUUUGGAGAGUUUCAAAGGGAAAGUGAUGCACUCCACAGGAUACAAGAAUGGGAAGGAGUUCAAAGAUGAACAUGUUCUUGUUGUUGGUUCUGGUAAUUCUGGCAUGGAGAUUGCUUUGGAUUUGUCCAAUUUCGGUGCCAAACCUUCCAUCAUUGUUCGAAGCCCGGUUCAUAUUCUAUCAAGGAAUAUGAUGUAUUAUUCAGGGAUGUUGUUGAAGUAUUUGUCCCUAAGCACAGUGGAGAAGCUGCUUGUUAUAGUGAGUAGGAUAGUGUACGGGGAUCUGAGCAAGUAUGGGUUACCUUGGCCAAGUGAAGGACCUUUCACCAUGAAAAUCAAGUAUGGCAAGUUUCCUAUCAUUGACUUGGGAACUAUCAAGAAAAUCAAGCAUGGAGAGAUUCAGGUGUUAUCGGCAGAAAUAGAGAAAGUUAGAGGUAACGAAGUAUUGUUUAAAGAUGGCAAGUGUCACUCAUUUGAUUCGAUCAUAUUCUGCACUGGCUUCAAUAGAUCAACACAAAGGUGGCUCAAGGGGGGUGAUGAUCUUCUGAAUGAGAAUGGUUUAGUUAAGGCAAGUAAUUGUUCAAAUUACUGGAAGGGUAAGAACAAUUUAUACUGCGUUGGACUUGCACAGAAAGGAUUCUUUGGAGCUAACAGUGAUGCUCAAAAUGUAGCAAAUGAUAUUGCCUCACUUCUCAAUUAACUUGUAACUCUUAAUGUUUUCUUGGCCUGUAUGGUUACCUUUUUUUGUGAUAAACAAAGGGGCAAAACGCCCAAAGACACUACGUAGAAACUAUUCUUGGCCUGUAUGGUUACUUUGAA